UUUGGGGUUUAAAAAAACUACAUCUCCCAGCGUCCCCCAGUGACACACAACAACAGGCGAGAGGGAGGCAGCAGCCGGCAGAGAAGGAGACAGACAGACUGCGUAAAGACAAGGACAGAGAGACACGGGCAGAGUUUUUCCUCCAUCCAUGGGGGGUUCACACCGCGCGCAGGAGGACAAGUGACGGACAGAAAGCCGCGCAACAUGCCGAAGAACCAGGAAGUGGAGCGCAUCGCCAAAAAGCUGGAUAAAAUGGUGCACAAGAAAAACACGGACGGAGCUCUGGACCUGCUGCGGGAACUCAAGAACAUCAAGAUGUCUCUGGAAACCCUGCAGUCGACCAGAGUCGGGAUGUCGGUGAACGCGGUGAGGAAACACAGCUCAGAUGAAGAAGUUCAGACUCUGGCCAAAGCUCUCAUCAAGUCCUGGAAGAAACUGCUGGACGGUUCAGAGGGGAAGUCGGAGGAGAAGAAGAAGGAGGCCUCUCCGGUGAGGUCAUCGUCCACCUCCAAGGACUCGGGCAGCAGCGAGAAAAGUAAGAAGUCCGGCGACGCCCCCACCACGCCCACCACGCCCACCUCCCUCACCACCGCGACCCUCCCCCCUCGGGUCACUUCCUUCCCCCCUCCCCCCGUCACCACCGACAGCGUGCGGAACAAGUGCCGAGAGCUGCUGGUG